CGCCGAAUUCCCGCGGAAAAUAUCUGAAAAAAUGGAUGCUCGAGAUGAAAAUUUGCAGAGUGCACAGACGCAUAUGUCUAAUAAAUCUGAUAACCCUUUUCAUAAUCUAGGGCAAGAUGUUAGUGAGGAACAACUGCAGACAUGGCAGCAAAUGAGCCAUCAGGUAAGAGGAUUAGUACAGAUGUCAGAAUCUGAUGACGAGGAUGAACCUGUCAUAGAUGACUCCCUCCUAGUAACCAGUGUGACAGCAGAGAGUCUUGGUUUUACUGUACCCGUCAGUGUUGACCCUACUCCCGGACCUUCAGGAACAGCCCCAACUACUGAUAAAGCUGGUGCCACGAUACAUACAUUUCCUGCCAGUAUGGAGCUCACAUUGCAGUACCUGUCUGGUAAAAUCUCAUUUCUGGAAUUUAGUGAGCAAAUGGAGAGAGAGAACAGCUCUCAGUUGCCUGUUCCUGGGACAGAAACAGGGGCAGAGGAUGCACAAGGGGCUGAUGAGGCAAUGGAUGUAGAUGAAGGUUCAAAAGAUGAACCAGAUAAAGAACAAAGUAAAAGACAAAAACAUCCAAGGAAAAGGAAGCCCCAUAAGAGGCGGAGAAGAAAGUGGGAUUUGCCAAACCACCUGGGGAACAUGAUGGGAGAGGUCAAUAUGAUAUUUGCUCAGGGAAACCAUGAGGAGGCCAUCAAACAGUGCCUAGAAAUUAUAAGACUUGCACCAAAUGCCAACAAGCCAUUCCAGACAUUAGGGAUGAUUUAUGAAGAUAUGGGAGACAUGCAGAAAGCAUUGCAGUAUUCCCUGAUAGCAGCUUAUCUUGCCCCCUAUGAUAGUGAGGAGUGGGCACGGCUGGCUGACUUGUGUCUAGAGCAGAAUGACAUUGGACAGGCCAUCAAAUGUUACUCCCAGGCAAUAACUGCAAAUGGAGAGAACAAAGUUGAUUGUCUUUGGGAGCGAUCUAGGUUGUAUGAAAGCAUGAAGGAGCAUAGGAAAGCUCUUGAUGGAUACCAGAUGUUAUUACCUUUAUUAUCGAAGAGCGAUACAGAGAGGUACCUCAAACUGGCUUGGGGUAUCACAAGGACUUACUACGAGCAAGGAGAGAAGGGUCGUGCAAUUGAUACAAUGACAAAGGCUUUUACUGAUCACCCUGACCACAUCACAUCUGAAGAUGUGAACUUGCUGUUAGAACUACUGAUACAAGAGAAGAAGUACCUGCAGUGUUUAAUGAUUUUUGUGAAACACUGUGGAAUCAGCUUCACCUUUCCUGGGGAGAAACAAUGGUCUAAUGAACACAGUCAGUCACUGGAUGAUAUCAAAGAUGAUGUACCAAAAAGGUGUGAUGUGCCAGAGAUGUUACCUAUAGACCUCAGAAUUAAGCUGGCAGUGUGCAUGAUUCAUAUGCGAUACAUUAAACUUAUUCAGAUGGUAGUUGAGCCGUUGUUUGAGGAAGAUAUAGAGGGAAUGGGGGAUUUGUACCUAGAUGUUGCUGAGGCUUACAUGGAUAAAGGCUAUCACAAACAGGCUGAACCAUUACUCAGAAUGCUUGUCAACACACAGAACUACCAUCUUGCAGCAGUCUGGUUGAGGUAUGGUGAAUGUCUUCACAACCUGGGAGAUCUACAAGGUUCAGUGGAGGCAUACACAAGGGUGGUUGAGUUGGCUCCCUCUCAUAUAGGGGCCAGGAUGUCACUUUCAGCGAUUCAGCAACAAAUGGGAAAACAUGAUGAGGCUCUGGAGCUACUUCAGCAUGAUGAUGGGGAACAGAGAAAACUGUCUAAAGAGGAGCAACAGAUGUUACUACAGAAAUGUCAUUUACUACACGCCCAUGGAAAGCUUGAUGAGUUCCUGGAAACUGCCAAACAGUUGCUCUUCCAUGAGUGGAGGGAGAUAGAAGCAGAAAACAUGAGCUACUUGCAAGCAAUAAGAACUUACAAGCACAGGAAAGACAGUCUGAGGAAUCAUUUCCAGUUCAAAGGGAAAGAUACAAAGUUGGUGGUAGGGUUAACCUCCUCAAAGAAGUCGUCACUUGCCAUCUCAUAUGAAGAUCUCUGGGAUAUUUUUACAUUGUUAGGAAAGUCCUUGCUGGAGAAAGAGAGGUAUACAGAAUUUGAAGAAGUUACACUGCUUGGUAUGCUUUGUCCUAUAUUCAGUCAGGAGGAUACUUUGUUAUCUGAUUUUGAAUGGUUCAUAUUAAAUGCUGCAAUAAUAUCAAAGAAUCCACAACGUGCCUACGCUUUUGGCAGGCAAGCAGUCCUUGAGAAUCUAGAAUCACCUCAAGCCUGGAACAUGUUUAUGCAAGUGAUAAUGGUGUGUAAUGACCAGAGACAUAACCGCUUCUGUCUACGUAAAAUGAUGACUGAGCCCAACAACAUAAUGCUGGGAAUAAUGAAUGGACAUAAUUCAAUGGCAUCUGGUACAUACAAGCAUUCACUGGGAGAGUAUGCCAAUGUGUUUAGAAGAAUUCCUACUGAUCCUAUGGUGAGCUUGUGUAUUGGGCUUGAUUUCAUACAUUGUGCAUCGCAAAGAUUUGCAGCAAAACGCCAGUAUCUUAUAACACAGGGUGUGGCGUUUCUGAACAACUACAUUGAGCUACGAGGUGAAUGCCAGGAGACAUACUAUAACCUGGCUCGGGCACUGCAUCAGAUUAAUUUGCUAUAUGCAGCAAUCCAUUACUACAAGAAGGCAUUAGGAUUUCCACCUUGUGUUGGAGAAAAAUCGGGAAUGUUUGACUUAAGCAUGGAGAUAGCCUACAACUUGGCAUUGAUCUACCAGAACAGCGGAGCGACUGAUUACGCAAGAUACCUCCUCUACAAAUAUUGUGUCAUUUGAAGAGACUGGGAAACAUGUGUAAAACAAUCUCGAGACAUAACAACAGAUGACCAGGAGAUGGUGAUGAUAGAUGGAGAAAAGCAUUGCACUGCUGUGGACUGUUGAUGACUGGUUAAGAGCUAACAAAUGUCAUUUUGUCAUUUUGAGAGACUGAACAACACAUGUAUGAAACAAUCCACUGAUCCAUUGAGACUGUGAUAAUAGGUCAAUAGGAGCAUUACACUGCUGUGGACAGUUUUGAAUGAGUGCACCAUGACUGGCUCAAAGCUAAAAAAAGAUAAACAACACCAGGAGAAAGUUGGUGUUGCAGUGAUGAAUGAAUAUAGAUUGUAGGCUGUAUGGGGAAAGUUGUUGUUUCUUUGACAAAUGGAUUUCGGUUGAAGGCUAAAGAGAUGAAUGGCAGACAAAUGGAUUUAGGUUGGAGGCUAAAGAGAUGAAUGGCAGUACGGAAAGUAAUGCUGACAUAGUUGGGACAGUUAAUGUGUGUAUUUGUGGGAAUGUGGAAGUACAGUAUUUCUAUUUUUGACUCAACAGUUUGUCACAGAUAUAAGGAGACUUUCUGUUUACUUGUUCAGAGUGAGCUAUGAUGGAAAUUUGACCAUCAGUGAGAUGAUAUGAUUUAGUAUUUAAUAAGUGAUUUUGAAAUAGUAUUUAUCUGUGUAUAUAAGACAGAUAUGAGAAGAAUGGGAGAAAAUAAACAGAAUCUCCAGUGUAACAGGUGACUGCAGACAGGUUUGUGGUGAAAAGUUCUGUUGUUUUUUAUCCUAGGUUUUUGCCUCCAGUGUUCUUGUUAAUUAUUUUGAAGAUAUUUUAUCUGUUAAAACUAUUUACUGAGUAAGCCUGACAGAAUCCUGGAUAAAAGCCUAGGAAAUUGUUCAUGUUUAGCUUGUUAUGUAACUGAUACCUGUUGAAUAUUGUUAAAAUGAAAUCAUGUUGUUUUUUUAAGAGACAGGGCUUUUUUUUAGCUGAAAUCGGUAAUAACAUGCAUAGUUUUUGGAAAUGUAAUUGUGAUUUUUGGUUUACUUGGGAAUUUUGAAAAUAAAGUGUCUUUGAUGAAAUCGUUUCAUUUUACAUCGAGUUGUUUCAGUUUUGAAAGUCCUGAUUGAAAUAUUGGGAACAAACAUUUUGAAAAAUGUAAAUCUUUAUUACAGAUUGAAAAAAAAAAUGUCCCUAUUUCAAAUUGGGAAGUCUCCUAUUUUGGCCUAAAAUGCAGAAUGUAGAAAAAGCCCUGCAAGAGUAAUGUGAUAAUUGUUACCAUUCAUUUUCAUGGAUGCCAGUCAUUUUGUAUCAGAGGAAUUUUUGUUUUCAUAGAUAAAUUUUUUCUCUUGUUUUGGUCAAAGAAAAUGCCAUGUAAAGAUAUUGCAAAUAAAGCUAGAGAUGAAUUCCUAAAUGGCUAAAGUGGAUGAGUGGCAUCAGUGAAAUGUACCAUGGAAAUACAAGUAAAGUUUGUAAUUAACCUUUACCCUGUUAAUUUUCUAAAAUGGACUGGUCUAUCAUUCAAUUUGAGCAGUACCACUUAUUAUUCAAAGGGAUGUUCACUGAAAAUUUAUUGACUGAAGAGCGAACAGUGCAGACCAUGAUCAGCCUGCACAUCUGUGCAGGCUGAUACUGGUCGCAAAGGGAGAAUAAAUUGCCACCAGCAGGCUAAAGGUUAAAAGAUUAGGGCUGGGACGAUUUCAAAAUUUUGAAACCGGUUAAUCAUUUGUAUGAAAUCGAACCGAACCGGUUAAUCGGCCGCCAUAUUUAAAACGCUGUUUUUUUUCCUGACAACUGUAGGUGAUUACAUUAUGAUUAGGAACUUAUGGAUUUUAUCGUUUGCAAGCAGUGUGAUAAUAUAUGUCAUAUUUUAGUGUAUUUUAUUUCAAACAUAUCACGACAGGCAAAUUACUGACUAUUAACUACGUUAAAUGUGUUUAAGCAGAAAUAUACUACGAGUCUAUGUGCUAGUCAAAGAAAUGUAAAAAGAUAAAGUACGAAUCGUGGUGUUUAUUCUUUGAGAGCGAUUAGCGGUUUUGCAAUAUUGAAAUCGGUUUCACCUAGUAAUCGAAUCAGAUCCGAUUAACCGUGUAAUCAUCCCAGCCCUACAAAAGAUUGAGACUUCAUAUGCAGUGACAGGUGAUUUAAAUAAAUAUGGACAGUGAUAUUUUUCUAUUUUCAAAAGUUAGUUUAAUAUAGCGACAAAUCAUUUAGAAGAAUGGUAAAUCAGAUUUUAAAAUGUUAAUUCAGAGAUUUCUGCCUUACCAGUUAGUCAAUCUUUUAUAAGUUGUGAGAAUUUUCUGUGUUUACUUAUGUACAUUGUACAAGUGCUGAAGUCACAAUUUUUAAUUUGAUAAUUGUAGUGCAUGUAUUGUAGUUCAUACCCAGAUAGGGAAUGGAUUGUUACGAACCACUAAGUUUUCCAUAAUUAUUAUGCGAUUGUUACAAAAAACAGCUCUUACAUUGACAGGCGGUUUAUGCAUGUUUUAUGGUACUUUUGCUAUAUUGAAUUAUUUUGAAUUUUAUCAAACUGCAUUGGAUAAUAUUUUUCCAUCCUUUAGUAUUGACAUAUUGUAUUUUUUGAUUGAUUUAUGUACAAGUUUUGUAAAGCAGCUGGCUCUAAGUUUGUAAAGCAAAUGAGCGGCACCACGAGAAAACCAACACAGUGGCUUUGCGACCAGCAUGGAUCCAGACCAGCCUGCGCAUCCGCGCAGUCUGGUCAGGAUCCAUGCUGUUCGCUUUAAAAGCCUAUUGCAAUGAGAGAAAUCAUUAGUGAACAGUAUAAAUCCUGACUAGACUGCAUGGAUGCGCAGGCUGGUCUGGAUCCAUGCUGGUCGCAAACCCACUACAUUGGUUUUCUCAUGGCGUGGCUCAAAUUAAGGUGUGAUUGAUGGCUGAUAAGUUAUCCAGAACUGUUGGGAGAAAACUUUGUAGAACUGAAUUGAUGGAGAUAAAGCAUUUUUCACUUGAUCAUUUGAUAAGGAACAAAGGCACUAAAACCAUUAGUUGUCACAAGAAAAUCAUCAUAGAUGUUCUUGCAACAGUUUACAGAAAAAAAUUCAUGAUGCUAUACAGUGCAAUUAUGUAUAAGGUAAGGGACAUAAAAGAGUUUGUGAGAUUGGGAUUUUACAUUUAUAUGUAAAUGCAGAAUACAGAUUUACAGAAUUUUUGAAAUUGUACAAACAUGAGUGGACAAACAGUAUUUGAAAUAUUAUAAUAUAUACAUUUAUACUUACGAGUGAAUAUGCAUGAUUUAUGGAAUUAUAUAUUUUCAGCUCCAAAAAAUAAGGCGUAAAAGAAAAAGUUGUUUGUUUCCGGUGACCCGACCUACCCUAUUUUUUUACCGCCGACCCUAAACUUUUUUAGCGGUAAAAUCGGGCUGCAUAUUUUUGCAAAUAAGUAUAUUAUUAUUUUUAUAGCUCUUAGCACGAAUGGACUACUCCACCGAUCGGGUGAGUGUUUUUUUUAGCUCACCUGUCACAAAGUGACAAGGUGAGCUUUUGUGAUCGCGCAGCGUCCGUCGUCCGCCGUCCGUCCGUCCGUGCGUGCGUGCGUCCGUAAACUUUUGCUUGUGACCACUCUAGAGGUCACAUUUUUCAUGGGAUCUUUAUGAAAGUUGGUCAGAAUGUUCACCUUGAUGAUAUCUAGGUCAAGUUCGAAACUGGGUCACGUGCCGUCAAAAACUAGGUCAGUAGGUCUAAAAAUAGAAAAACCUUGUGACCUCUCUAGAGCCAUAUAUUUCACAAGAUCUUCAUGAAAAUUGGUCAGAAUGUUCACCUUGAUGAUAUCUAGGUCAAGUUCGAAACUGGGUCACGUGGGGUCAAAAACUAGGUCAGUAGGUCUAAAAAUAGAAAACCCUUGUGACCUCUCUAGAGGCCAUAUUUUUCAUGAGAUCUUUAUGAAUAUUGGUCAGAAUGUUCACCUUGAUGAUAUCUAGGUCAAGUUCGAAACUGGGUCACGUGGGGUCAAAAACUAGGUCAUUAGGUCUAAAAAUAGAAAAACCUUGUGACCUCUCUAGAGGCCAUAUUUCUCAAUGGAUCUUCAUGAAAAUUGGUCAGAAUGUUCAGCUUGAUGAUAUCUAGGUCAAGUUUGAAACUGGGUCACGUGGGGGUAAAAACUAGGUCAGUAGAUCUAAAAAUAGAAAAAACCUUGUGACCUGUCUAGAGGCCACAUUUUUCAUGAGAUCUUCAUGAAUGUUGGUCAGAAUGUUCACCUUGAUGAUAUCUAGGUCAAGUUCGAUACUGGGUCAUGUGAAAUCAAAAACUAGGUGAGUAGGUCUAAAAAUAGAAAAACCUUGUGACCUCUCUAGAGGCCAUAUUUCUCAAUGGAUCUUCAUGAAAAUUGGUCAGAAUGUUCACCUUGAUGAUAUCUAGGUCAGAUUCAAAACUGGGUCACGCGCGGUCAAAAACUAGGUCAGUAGGUCUAAAAAUAGAAAAACCUUGUGAUGUCUCUAGAGGCCAUAUUUUUCAAUGGAUCUUCAUGAAAAUUGAUCAGAAUGUUAACCUUGAUGAUAUCUAGAUCAGAUUCGAAACUGGGUCAUGUGGGGUUAAAAACUAGGUCAGUAGAUCUAAAAAUAGAAAAACCUUGUGACUUCUCUAGAGGCCACAUUUUUCAUGAGAUCUUCAUGAAUAUAGGUCAGAAUGUUCACCUUGAUGAUAUCUAGGUCAGGUUCGAAACUGGGUCACGUGGGGUCAAAAACUAGGUCAGUAGGUCUAAAAAUAGAAAAACUUUGUGACCUCUCUAGAGGCCAUAUUUCUCAAUGGAUCUUCAUGAAAAUUGGUGAGAAUGUUCAGCUUGAUGAUAUCUAGGUCAGGUUCGUAACUGGGUCAUGUGCGGUCAAAAACUAGGUCAGUAGGUCGAAAAAUAGAAAAACCUUGUGACCUCUCUAGAGGCCAUUUUUUUCACGAGAUCUUCAUGAAAAUUGGUGAGAAUGUUCACCUUGAUGAGAUCUAGGUCAGAUUUAAAAGUGGGUCACAUGCCUUCAAAAACUAGGUCAGUAGGUCUAAAAAUAGAAAAACUUUGUGACCUCUCUAGAGGCCAUAUUUCUCAAUGGAUCUUUAUGAAAAUUGGUGAGAAUGUUCAGCUUGAUGAUAUCUAGGUCAGGUUCAUAACUGGGUCAUGUGCGGUCAAAAACUAGGUCAGUAGGUCGAAAAAUAGAAAAACCUUGUGACCUCUCUAGAGGCCAUAUUUUUCACGAGAUCUUCAUGAAAAUUGGUGAGAAUGUUCACCUUGAUGAUAUCUAGGUCAAAUUUAAAAGUGGGUCACAUGCCUUCAAAAACUAGGUCAUUAGGUCAAAUAAUAGAAAAACCUUGUGACCUCUCUAGAGGCCAUAUUUUUCAAUGGAUCUUCAUGAAAAUUGGUCAGAAUUUUUUAUCUUGAUGAUAUCUAGGUCACAUUUGCUUAAAAACUAGGUCACUUUGUCAAAUAAUAGAAAUAACGACGUCAUACUCAGUUCAACACUGGGUCAUGUGGGGAUAGGUGAGCGAUUCAGGACCAUCAUGGUCCUCUUGUCUUGGUAACUUUACCAAAUUGAGAAAUUACAUCAGGCAAAAUUACCUGGAUUGACUGGAAUUUACCCGCGAAUCGUAAAAAUAUCAAAACGUCGUGCUCAUGGUGCAGGUAAUUUUCCAUUCCAGAAGCACGUGCGCCCUAUCGUAAUAUCUGAUUUACAUCGCGGUUACUUUUGACACAAAAAACGCGCAUAGUGCAUUCAUUUUUUAAUAUAAUCGCUUCAAAUUUUCAACACCCCUUGAGAACUAAUACAGUUUGAGUUCUAUAACAAUUUUAAUAAGAUAUCCACAGGAAUGUAGGCAAAAUUCUUUAAAAACGAACAAAUUUUCAUAUAAUGUUUUGUAAAAUUUCUAACAGCGCGAUCUUGAUUAUUUACUUCU